AUGGGCAUGCACAGACGCUUCACCUUCCUCCUCCUCCUCAGCCUCCAUGCCCCAGGGACUUUUGUCAGAGCAUCAGCGCUGCUUGGGCUGCCACGCGUGGUGACCCUGAGCGAGGACGCCGAGCCAGGCACCCGUGUCGCGGAGGUGACUGUGUCCUGUAGCAACACGAGUGGCAGCCCCGACGUCAGCCUCCGUGGCAUCGAGCCCGGCCACCCCUUCAACCCCGUCGCCAUAAGUGCUGACCCCACGGCCACCACCACGUUUCAGGCAGAGGUGACACUGCGUGCCGGUGCAGAGCUCGAUGCCCGCCGGGUGAACCUGUACAACCUCACUGUCUGGGCCGCCUGUCCCGGCGAGGAUGCGGUUGAAGAGCGGCUCUUUGUCAAGGUGGAGGCAGGGCAGGUGCUGCGCUGUGACGGCCCCUUUGCCAGCGUGGGGGGAGAUGUGGUGAAGGUGCUGGCGGAUGUGGCACCCCGGGAGCUCUUGUACGUGGUGCUGCCGCAGCCACUCGGCGGGCUGACGUUCAGACUCCGAAACCAUGACACACCACUCACUCUCACCCGCCAUGGCCUCGUACUGGCGCCUGCCGGCGGCUUUGACCCCAGCAAGGACAACCAGACAUUCAGGCUGGAGAUUGAGGUAAUGGACCGCCACGGGCACAACUGUAGCGGGGUCGUGACGGUGGAAGUGCUACCAUCACGCCGUCCCCGUAUCACCUUCCUCGAGCCACAGCAGGCUGUGACAGUGCCAGAGGGCACUGGACCCUUGAAGGUGGUCACACGCGUCCGUGCCAGCGGUGACAAUGUCCGCUAUGCCAUCCUGGCUCCCCUGGCACCCGCACUCUUCACCAUCGAUGAAGUGACGGGUGAGAUCCGCAGCACCCGCCGGCUGGAAGCUGCCCACACACAGCUCCUCAUCCAGGCUUACAACUUGCUGCACCCCGCUGACCACGCCACCACCUUGCUCAACAUCACCGUGCAGGGGACAGACCGGCGGGGGCUGAGGUGCAUCCCAGCCAUUGCCGUGUCCCGGGUGCCCGAGACGGUGUCCCCCGGCAGCACGCUGGUGACGCUGAGGUGCACCGACUCUGCUGGCACCGAGGGCCGUCUGCGCUAUGCCCUCGAGGGGCCAUCUGCCUUCUGCUCCCGCUUCCGCAUGGAGGGGCCGCGGCUGCAGGUCAACACUACCUUGGACUAUGACUCGGAGGAUGCACUUGCUGUGGGCUUCCAGUUCACAGCCAGCAUCGUGGUGACGGCAGGAGGGCAGCCCCCACAGAGCACCCGCGUGCCCGUGCUAGUGAUGGUGACGCCCGUCAAUGAAUUCACACCGGUGUGCCCCAAUGAUACCGUCUUCACCGUGCUGGAGACAGCGGUUUUCGGCAGCAUUGUGGGGCGUGUGGCUGGCACCGACAGCGAUUACCCACUGAACAGCCUCGAGUACAGCCUGGAGGGGGACUCUGGCCCCGCACAGCCCUUCUCCAUCGACACACGCACCGGCGAGAUCCGCGUGGCGGGACCCCUGGACUCGCAGCGGCACAAGAGCUACAGGCUGACGGUGCGGCUGACAGACACCCACAACGACCUGGACCCGGCGGAGCGGCGGAGCUGCCUGUGCAGCGUGGCCGUGCGCCUGCAGGCCGUGCCGAACCGGGCACCGCUGUGCACCCCCGAGGUGCAGGAGCUGCGGGUCACGGCUGCGGUGAGCGGCCGCCAGCCUGUCACCCGCCUGGCGUGCCAGGGCAGCCCCGACAGUGCCGCGCUGGCGUAUGCCAUCACUGGAGGCAACGAGGACGGACGUUUUCGGCUGGAGGGGAGCACGAUCUCUCUCCUGCCCGGUGACUUAGCUGAGCCCCGCACCUUUGUGCUGCUGGUGGAGGUGUGGAGCAGCCACGGUGUCCCCCGCCACAGCACGGUGGUGGCACUGGUGGUGCACGUCACCCCCCGCAGCACCCCAGUGCCACCCAGCACCACCACCCGGCACACGACACGGCAGAAGGAGCCGCUGGUUGUCAUGCGGUCAGAGGCGGUGUGGCACCCACCAGCCUGGUUCGUGGCAGUGCUCACCGUCUCUGGCACCUUGUUGCUGGCCAUCCUGGGCUGCAUGGCCCGGAGCCUGCUGUGCAGCAACCGAGACCCUGGCAAGCUGCUCCUGGGCAAGAGCACCUGGGACAAGGCAGAGAGGAGCAGGGGUGAGGAGGAGUGGGGCCACCCCCGUGCCAGCAGCCUGGGGCAGUUCGACGGCCGUGCCCAGGACCCGGGUACUGGCAGGGACUAUCUCUUCAACAGUGUGACUGGGGCACGGCGCUGGAUGUGAGCAGCUUGCCACGGUGACAGGCUCCCCAGGCAGAGCCCCGGGCACUAGCAGACACCUGGCAUGGCCCUCAGACCCAGGAGGAGACCUCUCCUUUGUGGUCAAACCUGCCCCGCACAGAGUGAGCCCGUCCCUGAGCCUCCUCAGCCAGCA